AUGUCCUCUCCGCAAUCCAGCAAGCGCAAGCGCGCCAAUUCCCACCACCUCUCCACAAUUGACAUCGCCAAAUCAUCAACAACCGAUCUCCUACAGCCUUCCUCACGCGACGCGUCCGGCGAAGAGGGCGACGAGUCCACCGGCCCAGCUGGUCCUUCAUCUGUGAAGCCUUUAUCCAAUAUUCCGCCAUCAAAACGCGCCCGGAAGGCUUCCGUGAGCGACGGACGAGCAGCGCCGGCGUCAAGCAACGGUGAUGUGGCCAACGAAGCUUCUGCAAUCAGCAAGGAAGACCCCGGCGAACCCUCCGAGACUACGCCAGCUAGCAGUGACAUUGAGAUUCAAACCAAGGGCAGACCCAGCGGUCUACACUUGAACACGAAAGCAGCAGAAGACGAGGCAUUGUUGAGGCCGCCAAUGCCGGCUGGGUUGCAGGAUCCUGCUGGAGGAUACAAGACGAAUCCUCCGCCGGUUGGACGUCCGGUGCGCGUGUAUGCGGAUGGUGUUUUUGAUUUGUUCCACGUUGGUCACAUGCGACAGCUCGAGCAGGCUAAGAAGGCUUUCCCGGAUGUGUAUCUCAUGGUUGGGGUGACUGGAGACGAGGAAACUCAUCUUCGCAAGGGUCUCACUGUUUUGAGCGGCGCAGAGCGAGCCGAGAGUGUACGUCACUGCAAGUGGGUGGAUGAAGUUGUCCCCAAUUGUCCCUGGAUUGUCACUCCCGAGUUUAUCGAGGAACACAAGAUCGACUACGUUGCGCACGAUGACUUGCCGUAUGGAGCUGCGGAGGGCGAUGAUAUUUAUGCUCCCAUCAAGGCUCAAGGAAAGUUCCUUGUCACUCAGCGGACAGAGGGAGUGAGUACUACGGGUGUCAUUACAAGGUAUGUCCCACCCCGCACUUUGGCUGUCCCAUCUAAUGUCUGUAGAAUUGUUCGCGACUAUGACCGUUAUAUUUCUCGACAAUUCAAGCGCGGUGCAUCAAGACAGGAGUUGAACGUCUCUUGGCUCAAGAAGAACGAACUAGAGAUUAAGCGCCAUGUGUCGGAACUUCGGGACAGUAUCAUGACCAACUGGAGCAAUACUGGCCAAGAACUAGGCCGAGAACUCCGGCAGCUGUGGAACAGUCGGCCAAACAGCCCUGCGCCGACCGCCAGGAACAGUGUAGACUACAUGAGCUCGCGCGGCGUCGUGAGUCCCACGGGCAACAAGUCGCAUGUUUCACGAGUGGAGGCACUGGGUCGCCCUGAGAGCAUCAAUGGCAGGGAGCCGGAUUUUGCAACCGGUUACAGCUUGGGUCUGAUUGGGGGUGUUAGAGCUUGGCCGCCGUUCCCUCCUGGAAAGCCGGGCCCAGUCACCGACCAGCGAAGAGGAACACGAGUCCGAACUUGA